AUGGCAACAGACGCGGAGGACGAUGAAUCGGACAUCGGCGAGAUUAUUGGCGGAGAAGAACCAGAAAUGCAGUUUACAGAUGGAGAUGGGCUCAGGAGGCUACCUUCUAAUGAGGCACCACUAUUGGUUGGAGAAUGGGAAGGAGACGGAGGAGGAGGAGAAGAAGAAGAAGAAGAAGAAGAAGAAGAAGAUAGCGAAGCCGGAUUAAGUGAAGGAGAAAAGAGAAGAAGAAAACGCAACGGUACGGAUCCUCUCGACCUCGACUCCAAUAGAUCAGUGCUCCUCUCCGAAUGCGAUGAGACACAUAAGCCGGACCCAGGAUCGUGUAACGUCCCGUGCAACAACAGCUACAAGAUAGACUGCCAUUGCGAGUGCGAAACUUGCAUGUUCAAACACCUCAACGACAACCCACCCAAUCACAGGAAAUUCAAAAAGCUGCUCCGUCGCAACUUUCGAAGUGCGGGGAGUAACGCCUUGACGGAUCCCCUUCGACGCAAUUUUCGAGCGCGAAGGCCUUAUGAUUAUACUCAGGAUAGCGCAACGCAGCCUUGCACGGAGAUGAUCCCUUGGGGCGUCAACAUCCGCAAAUGGAACAAGCCUUGUCCGAACAAACGUCGGCGCGAACGGGGCCGGUACGACGGUAAAGUUCUACCCUGCGACGAGGUAUUCUGUGACGGAGAUCUGAAUGCGCUGAGUGAAAGGUGUGAGAGAAGGCACGGGAGCGGGCUCCCCGAUGCUCUGUGGGACCAAGUCAAAUUCCCGGCAGACGACGGACCCGUAAGACCCUACGUGUGCGAGAGCCACAUCCAAGACACCAAAGACUACUUCCACAUGGGUGCACACGCGGACAACCUCUACAAAUCCCAUCUGGUCCGGUUCUGCAAAGUACACGAAGCGGAGCUCCUGGCGAAACGUCCGGAGUCCACCUGCACCUGCCGCAACGUCGAUUUCAACAGGUGGCAAUGCCGUUCCUGCUUUCAAGAAAAGGUGGAGAAGCUCCAACGACACUUCAGACGCAGGGUGAACCCUCGCUGGCGCGGGUGUGCGGACACGAGCAUCACCAAUGGCAAGUUCUACCAGCGAGAUUGGAAAGGGGUCCGGAGGAUGUUGCAGCGGGAACACCCUUGCUUGAAAGGGCAUUGCGGACGGCCUCGCCUCAAAGGCCUCGUUCGGAAUGAAGUGCUGGAUUGUCGGUGUUGCGGAGGUCAUAUUGUGCAGCCGUUACGGAGGUCGACGCGGCUGGCGGGGCGGCGGGGCGUGGCAUAUGCUGAGGAAGACAUGCGGGAAAAUUCAGCAGAGGGCUCAGGCGCCGAGGAUUGA